CGAAGCUGCGCCGCACCUUGCUGAAGACUAUGCUGCUGCUUGCCGAGGGGAAGUACCCACCAGAUUCAUAUUUGCUUGAACCAAGAUCCUGCCGUUAAAAUGUGUAACUGUGUAUGGCACAACAAAGUGAGCUGGGCAACCUUGUGCUAACUGGUCCAGGAAGAGCCAUCUCAGCAGAUGGACCUGUCGGGUUCCGCAUUUAUCUCCAUGACUACAGCCAAGAUAUCUCUGUUGAGGAAACCUGGAAGAAGAGUAUGCUUUUAUACCGGGAGAACCCCACAUUGGACAGGUCGCUAUUAGAUACUGCCAAUACUCCUUAUGGUCCUGUGGAGGUGAUCUAUGCCGUCCUGAGCCAGGGAGUUGAAUGCGAAGUUGCUGUGAGGCUUACUCAUCGCGAUGUAAAAGAUCCUAUCAGCCUUUUUGGGAGAAUUGUUGCUCGCAACGAGCUGUUUGAUAUCGGCUGCGUGCUUUUCUACAACGAAGAUGUGAAGGGCAUAUGUGCAUGAUCAGGAGAACUGAUUCCUUUGGCUAGACAUCUGCUUGCGGUGCCAUUGUACAAGGCGCUGGUAAUUGAAUUGGAUCUGCACUCUGAUUGUGGUGAUGAGAUUAUGAGGGGAACACUAGAGUUUCAUCCCUUGCCCGAAGGCGAUCAAACGGCGCGUCUGAUCAGCAAGAGUGGUACUCAAAUCGAAGUGAAAAUCUUCAUUUCACAGUACUUUAGGUAGUGUGUUUGUUGCUCAGCUGGGUCACUUUAACAACAUAUGAUCAAGACUCUGGAUGCCUGUGUGCCCAGUCCCUUGUGCUGUAUACUUGUAUUACUACACAAGCUUCUUCUACUCUCAUAUUAACUCCGGGCCAAAGGUAAAAUGUUUGCACAGUGACAGUAUCCUGUGGUCGAAUGUUAAUAUGAUCUGAUGAAAUUCUAAGUUCAUGUUG